AUGCUCUCCCCUGCACCACAUAUCAUGCUUUGUUUCAGAAACUUCUUGGUUGAAAAAAACUACACAUUUGGCUAUUGGUACAAUCAAUGUGACAAGAGUCUAAGCCCUUUCAGUUCUAAAUCAUCACCUCCUUGGUCUGAUGUGGUAUUAUGCACGACGUGGUGUGGAAGGCUGUGUUGCAGAUUGAAAUGGUGUGCCGGACUAUGGCCUUUACAGCUGACGAAUGGCUACUGCUUUCGGGUAAUGAACCAAACAAUGGCUACCAGUAUCGAUGUUGAGGAGAGCCUAAAGGGAUUUGUCUUAAGUCAAGGUGAUCGUUGUGAAUUCUUGGUCUGA